AUGUUGAUAACACACCAGCAAAUACCCUUAAGGAGAUGGAUUAUUAAUAAAAAUAUUGGCCUAAACUCGGUCUUUGGUAGGAAUUAUUCCUCUUUACCGCCACGGAAGUCUUAUCAUGCAAAUUUAAGUCCAAUAUCACUUUUAUGGAAUACGAAAGUUUCACCGACGUUUAAAUAUUGUUCUUUGAUUGCCAUACUUUCAAUAUCUAUGUCACAUAUACAUCCUAACAUUAUUGUUACAGUGGGACCACCGGUUUUGUUAGGAAGUUGGUACUUUUAUAGCAAAUGGAUGAAACUACAGUAUGCAACAGAGACUGAAAAAUUAAUACCGAAGUCUAAGAAAGAAUUUAAUUCGGAAGAUAAUGAUAUUAUUAUAAAGAAAUACAACGAAGCUGAAAUAUCUAAUGUACUUAAUGGGAUUGAUAAUGAAUUUGAUAGUUUCAAAAGACAGGUUGUUGAUAUUACUGAGAGAAGGAUUAUAGACUAUAUUAUAUCAAAUCAAGAUCAACGCAACGAAAUGUUUUCUUUAUUUAUUGAUGAAAACAAACAAGUCUCAAUAAAACUAAGUGAAAACGAUAUUGAAACUUUCAUUCUCCUGUCAGCACCAGUACCAAAUUUUGAUUCGAUUGAAGAAAAUGAAACAUCUCUCUCUCAAUCACGUAAUUUUCAAGAUUUUAUUAAGCUAUCUUUACCAUUCUUUUCGAGUAAGGAUACUUCGAAUCGGAAAAGGUUAGGAACAAUUGAAUGCUAUCUACUAGAAAUGAGCAACACUCAAGAGACUGAUCACAUCAAGUAUAAGGUUUUAAUUGAAAUUUCUCCAUAUAAAUGGUUUGUUACAUCUAAAGACAAAUUAAGUAUCAAAUAUAUUGAAGGUGAAGGAGUAUAUAAUAGCAAGAUGUUUGAUGAAGCAAAAAAAUCCAAAGAAUCAGAAGGCCAAGAUGACGAAGAAAUAACUGUAAAUAUCUAA